AUGAUCAUGAAACUCGACACCGCGAUGCAAACUUUACACUUCCAAUUAGAUGAAAUACUUAACGUCAUGAUAUUAGGCAAACAAGGAAUAAUUAGUCCAGAAAUACUCGACUCCGAUGAAUUUCUAGAAAAUUACGCCAAGAUAAUAGGUAACCGGAUGUACAACACCGCGAUCUCUGCCAAAACCGAACAUUUUCAGUUUAUACUCGACAUCAGUGAUCUUCAAAUCUUUACAAUAGGCGACAAAAUAUUCUUCAAAAUCAUAGUACCUUUAGUCCCUAACGCAGAAUGGAACAUAUUACAGAUAUAUCCUAUUCCGAGUAAGAGAAAUGGAGUAUUUUUUGCUCCAGUAGUUGAACAUCAGAUAUAUUUAACUUCAGGUCUUUUAUUUAUGAACACUGAUAUCGAAUAUCUCAACAAACUUUGUAAGAAUCAAGCCGGAACCACUAUAUGCAAACAAACACUACCAAUUCAUGACAGAAACUCAAAAACCGAUUGUCGCAGCGAAAUAAUAAACUUCAAACCUCACAUUGAACAUUGCCAAAUAACUGUACUUAAGAUCGAAGACAUUAGCUUUAUACCACUCAAAACUAGCAACUGUUACAUUGCGAUACCGGCAAAUCCGAUAGAAAUAGACACAAUUUGCCAAACGAAACAUACUUUGCAAAAACUUGACAAGCCUUCUAUCACAAGGGCCAAUACAUCUUGCGAUAUACUGUACAAAGCCGAACACAUGCGUAUAGGCGAAACAAAAAACGAAGUCAAAUACGAAAUCAAAACAAAAACCCUAGCGCUCAAAACAAACGAUAGUUUCACUCAUCUGUUAGAUAAACUCCAGCGAGCACCAAAGAAUAGGCGAUUGACGGAUGCCGAAGUGAAAGUUCAGAAGUCCAUUCAAAAACUUUCUGUCCCAGAUUGGUAUGCAAAGAAACGUUCGAAACCACCAAAGAUAUUAAACGCCAUGCCGAUUGAAUAUCGUGUACCAUUAUGGAAGAGACUUACUCUUAGAAGAAAACGUACAUCAAAUUCAUCGUCUUCCGAGUCAACAGGUAUUUGUUAUAUAUCUCCACACGUGAAGGAAAAUGUAAAAGAGAAAACUAAGAAAGCCACACCGCCUACAACAUCCAACAAGAAAAAAAAUUGUCAGCAAAUGUUAUCAGAAACUAAAAACACGAGAUCCCCGACGAAGUCUUCUUCAUCCAAGGAAGAAAUUUUAGACCUGGACACUCCGGUAAUGAAGUUCCCUAGAAAAAUUCCCAAGACUUUUCCUGAAAUAUCGCCUUCUAGAAAAAUCCAUAACAUAAAUAUCGUUUUACCACCCGCUCCGAAGAUUGUAUUAUCAAAAGAGAUCGAAGACAUGUGUAAUGACGACUAUAGCAGUGACGAGAGUAAAGAGACGUCUGUUUUAAAGGAACGACCAUUUAAUGUUGAUAGGACUACUAAGAUUGAAGAUUUUAGAAACGCCGAUGUGAUAAUACACGCAGAAAGAGAUAACAGACAAAAGAAGGUCAGAUUUCAAGAUUCCCAAGCUGUGACGACUCUUUUAAAAACACUAGAAAAGCCAAACAUUGUCAAAGAUGAUGCUAUAUCUACUCCAACAUCCUCUCAAACUUCCGAAGUUGAGACGACUCCAUUAAGUACGCCAGAGGUGGAGCCAAAAUUGUUCAGAUAUCGUGCCAAAUCUACUCCAACAUCCUCUCAAACUUCCGAAGUUGAGACGACUCCUUCAAGUACGCCAGAUGGAAAGCCACAAUUCAUCGAUCUUCGUGCCAAUUCUAUUCCAGAACUGUCUCAAGCUUCCGAAGUUGAGACGACUCCUUUAAGUACACCAAAUAUGGAGUCAAAAUUGUUCACAUAUCGUGCCAAACCUACACCAACAUCCUCUCAAACUUCCGAAGUUGAGACGACUCCUUCAAGUGCGCCAGAUAUAAGACCAAAAUUCAUCGAUCUUCGUGGCUGUUCUAUUCUAGAACUGUUUCAAGCUUCCGAAGUUGAGACGACUCCUUUAAGUACGCCAGAUAUAAGACCAAAAUUCAUCGAUCUUCGUGCCAAUUCUAUUCCAAAACGCUCUCAAGCUGCCGAAGUUGCGACGACUUCUUCAAGUACGCCAGGUGGAAAGAAAAAAUUCGUCAAACUUUGUGCCAUUUCUAUUCCACAACGCUCGCAAGCUUCAAAAGUUGUGACGACUCCUUUAUAUACGCCAGAUGGAAAACCAAAAUUCAUCGAUCUUCGUGCAAAUUCUACUCCGAAACUGUCGCACAAAGCUUCCAAAUUUAUGACUUCUUUAAAUACUCCAGUUGUAAAGCCAAAAUUCUUCACUCUUCGUGCCAAUUCUACUCCAAAAUUUUCUCAAUCCCGCCUACGUUUAUCUUCUAUCAUCGAAGAUAAACCAAAAGAGAGGAUCCUUUCACCGAGCAUACUGGAGAGAUCCUUGAUUUUCGAAAACAAGUCAAUCAAUUCGUCGAGCAAGUCUGAGAAUAUUCGAAGAUCUAAGAAGAUAUCUCCGAAUCUUCUGGAAAAGACGUUUAUCUUCGAAAAUAGAUCAACGCACAACAAUUGCCAAGAAUCAAGUAACUCCACAGAUUCCGUGGUUCCGUUACGGAGUAAACAAUUGAAUCGCAAGAAGAAUAUAGUUCAAGAGAUCGUUCGAGAAUUAGAUGAAAAUAUGAGAAAAUCGUUACAGCCGCAUCAUAGUCAAGAUGAUAAAGAGAACUUUGUGAAGCAAAUAGUGAACGCUUUGGAGAAUGGAGACAUUUCUAAAAUGAGAAGCCUAUCAGGAAGUUCUAUGAAUGACGAAGACAGCCCCAGCGAAACUGAGACAAAAUUCUGCGUCGCAUCUCCUACUUCCACAAACUCCCCCAAGGAUACUGAUUACAGUGAUUAUAGCCGAAAAUCGACGACUCUGAACAGCGACGUCGAUCAGCCAUUGAGUUUUGAACACUUCAAAGAUGGCACGUUGAAAGACGAAGACGAAGAGAAAAAGAAGAAAGAUGCUGAAGAUGAUUCUGUUCAUUGGAUAUCCAUACUUAAAUGUACACUAUCAAGAAGUAGUUCUCCAUUGAGCAUGUUCUCCAAAUUGCCUGGCGAUGAUCAAUCUCCAUGUAUUAGUCCGAUUAAAAGCCCGAAUGAAGUUGAAUAUUCACUACGAACAAGCUGGGGAGCUACUUACAAGACGAGCAACAGACUCAUCAAGAAAUUGUUCCGCGAGACCGCAGUGAUAGAUUCGGGAUACUCUGAUUAGAGUGGAUCUUAUUUUUCGACCAUUGAGUUCUUCCCACAGUAAGGAGUGUAUCAAAAAUUUUUGGUAAAAACUUAUUUACUUUCAAUAGUCAUGAGAGAAAAAUGUAGGACGCUUUACGAGUGAUUAAGUCGGAAAAAGUCAAAAGAGAGGAAUUUGCGAAUUAUUUCAUGAUUCAAUUUGACGUAAAAUGUAAUCUAAUUGCCAGAGAAUUUGUUUCUAAAAUCGCGGAUAUUUGCUUCGAUACUUUCCAGAUGAUGCUGCCAGUGACUUGGUAUAAGGAGUAUCGUGUCUUCCGAGUAUUCUGUAAAUAUAAAAUAAUAUUGUAAUAUAAUAAAAUUAUAUAUAGUAUAUGUAUAUAAUAAAAUUUAAUGCAUGCGUAUGUAAUGAUAGGUAUAUUGAAUAUUGUAAAGACCGGAAAGAUCGAAGUAACAUUGAGAAUAUUCAUAUUUUUCCGAACAUUUUGUUACAUUACGUAUUCAACAAAUUGGCGGUAAAUAAUUUUCAAAUUCAUUGUAAUUCAACUUUGAUAUCUAGUUUUCUUUUCUUUUUUAUUGUAAGCAAGUGAUUGAUCGAAAUAAUGUGAUUUUAUAUUUGCUAAUGAUAUGAACGAAGUCUUAAUAUUGUUGGCAUUCCGUAAAAUUCGAAUUUGUCUUCCUCUUUCAAGUCGAGCUCGAAUCUCUUAGAAUAACGAAUUAUUUUAAUUAUGAAUGUUCAAUAGUUUCACGCAUAUUAUACGCAUACGAAACUGUAUUUCCUAUAUCUAUCUAAUAUUUUCUAAUAUCUGAAAAUAAAGAAUUUGAUUUUUAUUGGUUUUUACCGAUAAACAACUAAUUUUUUCUAGGA